UAACAAAUAAGUAUCGAUACCCUAAUUAUUGUAAUUUGUAUUUUUUACAAGAAAAAACAUCCCGCGCACAGGCAAUACUUAUUCUUAUAUUAUACAAAAUCAAACUCAUUUUUAUAAAUUUCAACAAAAAAAAAAAACUAAUGGAUACGUGACGUCGAUAGACAUUCACACACAGUCAUACUCACACAUACACUAAGUUCUACGUGCAUUCAGAGACGCUCCCAAUAGGAACGCGCCAACAGUCAUAAAGAGACAACAACAAUCGGCUUAUCAGAAACACAAGAACAAUAAAUAAAAUAAUAGAAAAUUAACUGUAGGAGCAACAUUAGCUUAGUCAACAUUCGACUUGCAUCCUACGCAAAGCUGUUCGCGCUGAGAAUUUAUUGUUGAUUCUUCUGUGACGUGUCCUAGUUACCACAAUUACAGCAAUGUGCGGCUCACCCAACACAGUUACCGGCUCUGGUGCCCGGGCACUCAUCCUGGUGGGUGGGUAUGGCACACGUCUGCGUCCGUUGACACUGAGCACACCCAAACCUUUGGUGGAGUUCGCCAACAAGCCAAUAUUACUACAUCAGCUAGAGGCGCUUGUCGAUGCGGGUUGCCGUCAAGUCAUAUUGGCAGUCAGCUAUCGGGCUGAACAAAUGGAAGAAGAACUAAAAGUAGAGGCAGACAAACUGGGGGUCGAGCUGAUCUUCUCACAUGAAAGCGAACCGCUGGGCACAGCCGGGCCACUGGCGCUGGCUAAGCCAUUAUUGUCGGCCAGUGCGGAACCAUUCUUUGUGCUCAACUCAGAUGUGAUUUGUGAUUUCCCAUUCAAGCAGCUCAUGCAGUUCCAUCGCAACCAUGGCAAAGAGGGCACUAUUGUGGUGACCAAAGUGGAAGAGCCAUCCAAAUAUGGUGUUGUGCUCUACGACGAGCUGGGGUGCAUUACAAAUUUUAUUGAAAAGCCCCAGGAGUUUGUCAGCAAUAAGAUCAAUGCCGGUAUUUAUAUAUUCAAUCCCUCGGUACUUGAGCGGAUCGAAGUGAAGCCGACGUCCAUCGAGAAGGAAGUAUUUCCGGACAUGGCCCAGCAGCAGGAGCUGUUUGCCAUGGAGCUCACCGGAUUUUGGAUGGACAUUGGACAACCGAAAGACUUCUUAACCGGUAUGUGCCUCUACCUGAGCUCGCUGCGCCAGAAGCAGUCGAACAAACUGUACACGGGCCCCGGAGUUGUGGGCAAUGUGCUUGUCGAUCCAACCGCAAAGAUUGGCGAAGGCUGUCGCAUUGGACCAAAUGUUACCAUUGGGCCCGAUGUGGUCAUCGAAGAUGGCGUCUGCAUCAAACGUUCGACCAUCUUAAAGGGCGCCAACGUGCGCUCGCAUUCCUGGCUAGACUCCUGCAUCGUGGGCUGGCGUUCGACAGUUGGCCGCUGGGUACGCAUAGAAGGUAUCACAGUGCUCGGCGAGGAUGUCAUUGUCAAGGAUGAGCUAUAUGUGAAUGGCGGUCAGGUGCUGCCACACAAGAGCAUCGCGGCCAGCGUGCCCGAUCCACAAAUUAUCAUGUGAAAUCGGACCCAGUUGCUCCAUUAGUGGCCCGUUGUAAAUAUAAUUUAGUUGUUUCAUUUGCACCGAUUGCCUUGUGUUUGUUUCGCUGUCAACAUGUCAAUAUUCUAAAUACGAAAAAAAAACAAACUAUACACAUUUCCAUUACUUAGCCUGGCCAAAACAUAGUCUUAAGACUAGAGUCGGGCGGCAUUUUUGACCAAAACUUUUUCACAAAUGAAG